CCUCCUCCACGACUUUAGAAGUACUUCCGGUCACCACUGUUGCAAAAACUCAAUGAUGGUUGCUGCUGGAAACUCGUGAGAUAUUUAAGGUUAAUACUUCUUAAUACAGCUGAUCGCGUGUGUGGGGCUGUGUUUACUGCGGCUGAAGUCACAGAGAGAAGUUGGUAGACUUUGCAGAGAAGCUCGCCCUGCAGGGCCUGCUGCGCUGACCGGAUCAUGGAUCCACUAGAUUUCCUGGAGACCGAUGAGCUGCUCCGCUUUUUCCACGCUCGGAAAACUGAAAUGUCCUGCAUGAAAAACCCGCAAACCUUCCUGAGCCAGCUGCGAGAUCACAACCUGAUCCCGGAAGACAAAUACCAGAGCAUCAUCCGCAUGAAGAGUAAAAAUAAGAUUAGGACAGGUGUCUAUGAUAUUUUGGACUGGCUGGAGAAUAAGAAUUCGGAACACAUCCAGCUGUUCUGGAGAUGUGUCUUCAAGGACGUUAUCAUGACCCAGUAUCCCAAAAUUAAGGAGCUGCACACAAGCCUCAUGGACGGAUCUUUUCACUUUGACCUACAACUACCUGCGAAGGUGGAAAGUGAAGAAAGUGAAGAAAGGGGAAGCUCAAAGCAUUCGGACAUUGAGAAGGAAACUAAGUCAGCCAAAAAGAAGAGGAAAGCCAGCAGCGCGAGCAACUGUAGCAGCGGGGAGGAUCAGCAGCCUGGUCUGUCAGUAAAACAGAACACAGGUCAGAGGAAAAAGAUCAAGAAAAUAAAUUACAGUUCUCCAAGGAAGGGAGAGGCAGAGGAGAUUUGGACCUGGCCCCUCUAUAAGAGCCAGCUGCCUGUGACCUGUGGACAAGAGGAGGGGACACUUAUAAGAGACAAACUGGCCAAAGGUGAAAAAUGCAUCUUGGUGGAUAAGCAGUGGUUCUCUCCGUCUGAAUUUGAGAAGUUUGCAGGAAAAGGAAGCAGCAAGAACUGGAAGACGAGCAUCCGAUGCAGGAAGACCCCUUUAGGAAAACUUAUUAAGGAGGGACACCUGAAGGCAGCAGCCUACAAAAACAGACGCAAACUGGUGAAAGAAAAACAACAAAAUGAAGAAGAGAGUGAAGAUGAGGACAGUUCAAUGGAGGAGCAAACAACUGGAGAUUCCACAGGAGACGAAAUGGAAGCACAAGCUGAGCCGUUAGAAGUCACAUCUGAUCAGGGAAAGUUUAAAGUGACGUGUGGAGCUUUGACUGGAACUUUACACAAAAAGCGGUUUGGAUCAGGGAAAUGUGGGAAAAGUAUUCGCACUGAGCUGAGAUGGCUUACCCCAGUGGAGUUUGUGAAUGUGGCUUUAAACCAGAGUGAUGCCACUUGGAGGAAGGACAUCCUGUAUGAUGGCAAACCCCUCAGUCAUCUAAUAGAGGUAAACAUGCUGUUGAUUCACUCGUUACUCUGCAAAUGCAACCUGUGCAAACCGAAACCUGAAGACCUGGAUAAUCAGAAAAACGAUGAUGAGUGUUGCAUCUGUAAAAGUGAAGGAGAGGAGGAGUUGGUUGAGUGUGAUAACUGCCCUCGAUCAUUCCACCAAAACUGCCAUUUGCCUCGUGUAGACGACGCUAUUCUGAGGGACGACGGUCAGUGGAUGUGCACCUUCUGCAUUUUUAAAGCCAUAGAAGAGUGUCGCUACCCAGACAAGCAGAGAGCCCAAGCCGUCAUGUCCCGUCUGAUAUCUCAACAACUGCUGGAAUGCCAGUAUCUCCUCCUCUAUCUGUGCAGUGCUGAUGAGGAGCAGAUAUUUGCCACCGACCCUGGGCAGUAUUUAUCAAAUUAUUCCAGUAUUAUCAAAACUCCAAUGUGGCUGGACAAGAUCGCAGAUAAACUCAAGAGGGAAGAAUACCAGACGGUCAGCGAGUUUGUGUCUGAUGUUCAGCUCAUUUUUAGCAACUCUGCUACAUACAACAGGAACAAUCCAGAAUACCUUGAAAUGAGCAAAAACCUGAAGCAGCUGUUUGACAGGGAAUUUGAGAGAGCCUUCAACAUCCAGGACUGAACCACAGCCUGAUGGAGAAGAUUUCUAACAUCCACGGACGCUUUCUGUAAAUUACCAAACAUUUCAUGCAACAUUUAGGUUGUUCUUUAUCUAACUAAAGAUUAAAACCUUUAGUGAUUUUAUUUCAAGUUUUACCAAUGAAAGAAGAUGUAAGAAUACUUCAGUAGGUACUUGAUACUCCUGGAAAAGUAUUAAAAAUGUGCUUUAAUAUGUACUAAAUUAGGGCAAAAAUAGAUCAUGAUGCAUGGAUGGUAUCUCCAGCAUCAGAAUACCACCUUAAAUUCAGAAAAGCUUUCUUUAUCUAUAUAUUUAGGCAGGAGCUGGGAAAUCUAGAUUUGCAGAUUUGGUCUCUUGUGGCCUAUUACUUUUAAGUCUGUACAGGUAGGUACACUGUGUCCCUGGCUUACAGCAAGGCACUGGAAAACUUCCAAAAGCUACCUUGUACUGAAAAAAAUUGUAUUAAUUGUGCUGAAAGUUGAAUUUCUGAUUGCUGCAGGAGACUCUCAACAUACAGACUAACAAGCAUUAAAAGGAGUCCAUGUUUAUGCAGCAAAUAUCAGAUCAUCCACUCCAAACAUCAGAAUCAGAAAUACUUUAAUAAUCCCAGAGGGAAAUUACUUCCCUGGCUUCAUGGCUUCAUACAAGCUGCUCCGAGUUUUGGACCCGUGGUAUAAAUGUACGCUCAGGAGCUAUAACCAGGAGCGCUUUAUGGGGAGGGAGUUACGAAAAUUAUAAGGACCCUUGACUGAGGGGGGGCUCAAAAGCAAAAGAAAAUAUACGUCCCACUAUAUGUUACAAAUAUAAAAAGAAAAUCCAGCAGUAAAAUUAUUAAUCUUUGUGUUCUCCCUUGUUUUCAGCAGUAAACAGGCUUCCUCCUGCAGUAUUAAAAUCUGUGUCAAUAUUAAAACAGUUUAGUUAGAUUUUUAUAUUCAUAUCUACAGUAAUUCCAACCAUAAAAGACAAUAAAAUCUGUAAAUCUUGGUCAUUCUCAGCAGCUGCACCAAAAAUACAUGUUUUGUUAUUACACGUAUACAUGGAUGAAAUACUAAUUCUCAGGACCAGCUUAAAAAUAAUCUGUCCUUUAUCAAAUUAUAGCAAAACCUAAUAGGAAUAUAUCUUCCACAAUCCAAAACCUAUUUUCUAUUAAUGUGCACAGAUAUACAGCUGUGUUUUUCUUUGUUUUAUAUAAGCGGUUAUUAUUUUGAUAGAACGGUUUUAAUGUAAAGCUUAAAGUGAAUGUAUAUUUAACUUUUUUGCAGUCUGUUAUUUUUUUAUUGUAGAAAUUUUACAGUAACAAUUACAUUGAAAAUGUAAAGGAAUCAAUAUCAAUGCCUUUUUUUUUUUUCAUUCAAAAAGUUUAUUUCAAACCUGCACACAUUUUACAAUACAUAUAAUGACAAACAAUACAUGCAUGGCUUGAAAAGGGGAUGGAA